UCAACUUCACUGCUUUCUCCAUGGAGUUUCCCUCUUCUUUCCUCUUUCCCUUUCUUCUCUUUCUAUUUAUCCUAUUCAAAGUAAGUAAGAAAUCCAAACCCCAAAUCUCUAUUCCAAAGCGGCCUCCAGGACCAUGGAAGCUACCCCUGAUUGGAAACUUGCACCAACUUGUUGGUUCACUUCCUCAUCACUCACUGAGGGACUUGGCAAAGAAAUAUGGACCUCUCAUGCACCUACAACUUGGCCAAGUCUCCAUGCUUGUAGUCUCAUCGCCAGAGAUUGCCAAAGAGGUUAUGAAAACCCAUGACAUCAACUUUGCCCAAAGGCCCCAUCUUCUUGCUACCAGGAUCGCAACUUAUGAUUCUACUGACGUCGCUUUUUCUCCAUAUGGUGAUUACUGGAGGCAACUCCGGAAAAUCUGUGUGGUCGAACUUCUCAGUGCCAAGCGUGUUAAAUCAUUCCAGGUGAUUAGGAAGGAGGAGGUUUCAAAACUCAUCAGAAUCAUCAACUCUAGUUCAAGAUUUCCAAUCAAUCUGAGGGACAGAAUUUCGGCUUUUACAUAUUCGGUAAUCUCAAGAGCGGCACUGGGGAAAGAAUGCAAAGACCAUGACCCGUUGACAGCGGCUUUGGGGGAAAUCACAAAGCUGGCAUCAGGUUUCUGUCUUGCCGAUUUGUACCCUUCUGUUAAAUGGAUUCCCCUGGUUAGCGGAGUGAGGCAUAAACUUGAGAAGGUGCAGCAGAGGAUUGAUGGAAUACUUCAGAUUGUUGUCGAUGAGCACAGAGAGAGAAUGAAAACAACAACAAGCAAGCUAGAAGAAGAGAAAGACUUGGUUGAUGUGCUUUUAAAGCUUCAACAGGAUGGUGACCUUGAACUUCCCUUAACCGACGACAAUAUUAAAGCAGUAAUCUUGGACAUUUUCGGUGGGGGAGGGGAUACGGUAUCGACAGCAGUGGAGUGGACAAUGGCGGAAAUGAUGAAAAACCCUGAAGUCAUGAAGAAGGCACAAGCUGAGGUAAGGCGGGUCUUUGAUGGAAAAGGGAAUGUGGAUGAAGCGGGUAUUGAUGAAUUGAAAUUCUUAAAAGCGGUAAUCUCUGAAACCUUGAGGCUACACCCUCCUUUCCCAUUGUUGCUUCCAAGGGAAUGUAGGGAGAAGUGUAAGAUUAAUGGAUAUGAGGUACCUGUGAAGACCAGAGUGGUCAUUAAUGCAUGGGCAAUUGGACGGUACCCCGAUUGUUGGACUGAAGCUGAGAGAUUUUACCCAGAGAGAUUCCUUGAUAGUUCAAUUGAUUACAAGGGUGCUGAUUUUGGGUUUAUUCCGUUUGGUAGUGGAAGGAGGAUAUGUCCAGGCAUACUGUUUGGCAUACCUGUGAUUGAGCUGCCACUAGCCCAGUUGCUGUUCCAUUUUGACUGGAAACUUCCCAAUGGAAUGAGGCCUGAGGAUCUAGACAUGACUGAGGUUCAUGGGUUAGCAGUUAGAAAAAAACAUAAUCUGCACUUAAUUCCCAUUCCUUAUAGUCCAUUGACUGUUGGGUGAGACCACCCAGAAGAAGGAUUCCUACUCCGCACUAAGUUUAUAUUAAGAAUGCUCCGGAAGCCGCUGUGAUGUAAUGCAAUAAUGCUGCAGAGGUUGUUUCCUGCCUCUUUCAACUUUUUCUAGAAUAUUUAAUAAUGUAAACUGUGUUCAAUAAACAAUAAUAAUUCAGAGGCUAAGUUUUCUA